AACAUUGCAUAAUCAUUGGCGGGCGCUGCUGAAGCUUAUAAAAGCCGGAUGUCUCACUUCUUGGACUUGUAGAACUUGUUGCGCUCCGGAAACGAAAGCAAGUGCGGAUUUUUGAAAAAGAAAAUUUUUUUUUUUUCUAAAGUUUCUUUUUUUAUUUUCAAAUUUUUAAUAGAAAAAAAAAAAAAUGGUGCAAAUUGUUGGAAAAUUUGAGCACGAGAGAAGCGAGAAUUUUGAAGAAUAUUUAAAGAGUGUGGUUGGUGAAGAACACGCCGAUAAAGCAACAACUUUUGCAAAUAGUAAACCAAUUCUUGAGGUUCAAAAAAAUGGUGAUGAUUUUACUAUCACUGUUACCAAUGAGGGAAAAAGUAAUACAACAACUUUUCAACUUGGUGUAACUUAUGAUGAGACAAUGCCCCAUGGAGCUACAAUGAAGAGUUUAACGACGCAAGACGGAGACAAAUUUACUACUGAAACGGAACUUCCCAAUGGAAAUAAAUCCGUUCGUGUUUACGAAUUUACAGAAAAUGGCAUUACUGUUCAUCUAUCGGACGAGAAAACAGGAGCUAAGGCAACAAGAUACUACAAGAGAAUGUAAUUUUCGUAUGAAUUUUUAGGCAAUCUUUUAAUUUUAAAUCAAGUUUCAAAUAAACUUUUUAUCUAGA